AUGCAAUUGCGCACGUUGCUGACCGUGCGCCGCCUCUCGACGGCCUGUGCCCGUGCUCCUCCUCUCGCCCAACGUCACGGCCGUCGAGAGCUGCAGUUCGUGACGUCCGACGCGAUCGACCACCGAUUGCCGCGUGGUUUAACGGCGGCAGACGACGACGCGCGGCCCGUGAACCUCAUUCAAGACGAAGAAAGUGCGCGUCGCGUCCUGGCGAUCAUCCAAUCGCUGGGCCCUAACCACUUUCACGCGUGCGACACGGAAGUCGCCCAGAUUGACGUCAAGGCCGUCGGACCCGUGGGCAAUGGGAUCGUUACGUGCCUCUCGCUCUACAGCGGCCCAAAUGUGGACUAUGGCAACGGUCCCUACGUCUGGGUCGACAACCUCGACAGCGCUGAAGGGACGCUGCAGUACUUUAAAGAGUUCCUGGGGAGCACGAGGUACAAGAAGGUCUGGCACAACUACAGCUUUGACCGCCACGUGCUGUUUAACCACGGCAUUAACGUCCAAGGGCUGGGCGGAGACACGAUGCACAUGGCGAGACUGUGGAAUACGGCGAGGUUCCAGAACGGCGGCUACUCGCUCGAAGCGUUGACGGCUGAUUUGCUGCUGCAGAGGAAGAAACCCAUGAAGGAGCUCUUUGGGAUCCCCAAGCUCAAGAAGGACGGGUCCAAGGGGAAAGAGCGAAUGAUGCCGACUGUUGAGGAGCUCCAGCGGUUCCCCGAGUCUAGGAAGCGCUGGAUUCGGUACAGCGUGUACGACGCCGAGAGCACGUGGUUCUUGCAUCGCGUGCUGCAGGAUAAACUGGACCGGACGUUUUGGUUUGAAGAGACGGCGACGAGAGACGAAAAGGAGCCGCAGCGUGGAUCGAUGUACGACUUUUAUUGCCAGUACAUUAUCCCGUUUGGCGAGUGUUUGACCGACAUUGAACGCAAUGGCAUGCACGUGGAUCUCGACUACCUCGCGGGUGUCGAGAAAGUUGCACUGGAAGACCGUGCGCGUCUUGAACGACUCGUGUUGAAGUGGGCGUCGCGCUACUGCGACGAAAGUGAACGGCUGAAUAUCUUUAGCGCAGCACAGAAACAGCAGCUGCUGUUUGCACCGUAUUUUGACAAGAAGAAGAAGCAACUUGUGCUGCCAGCUGAACGCGAGUUUGAAGUGGAGAACACGGAAGGCUACAUUGAAGAAGGGAAGCUGAAAGCAAAGAAGAAGCGCAGUAUCACCAUUCGUGGGCUAGGCAUUCCGCCAACGCAUUUUACCGCGAGCGGACUUCCUGCAGCCAGUGCUGAAGUAUUGAAGGAGCUGGCAGGUCAUCCCAACGCAAAUCCUCCGAAGUACGGUCGGGCAUACGACCAUUUUGAGGAUAAGGAAGAAGGUGCUGCAGCAUGCGUGGCACUGAAGGCACUUUUUGACAUCAGCAGCAUCAACACAAUGCUCAAUAACUUCAUUCUCCCGCUCCAGCAGCUCGCAGAUAGUAACAGCCGCGUGCAUUGCUCGUUGAAUCUCAACACAGACACAGGGCGUUUGUCAUCACGGAAGCCAAAUUUGCAGAACCAACCUGCGAUAGCCAAGGAUCGCUACAAAAUUCGCGAUGGGUUCACAGCCCCGCCAGGCAAGAAGCUUAUCGUGGCCGAUUAUUCGCAGCUGGAGUUGCGGCUUAUGGCGCACAUUACUCAAUGCAAAGCUAUGAUUGUGGCAUUCAGGGCUGGAGGCGACUUUCAUUCACGCACGGCAAUGGGAAUGUAUCCAUAUGUGGCGAAGGCGGUGGAGAACGGUGGGGCACUUUUGGAAUGGGAUUAUUCUGGCGGCGAGGAACCCCCGGCACCGUUACUGAAGGACAAGUUUGGCAACGAGCGCCAGAAUGCCAAGGUGCUCAAUUUUUCGAUAGCUUACGGUAAGACUGCAUUCGGUCUGUCAAAAGAUUUCAACGUUUCUCGUAAAGAAGCAGCGGAGACUUUGGAAAAGUGGUACGCGGACCGAGCGGAAGUGCGUGACUGGCAGAAGCAAGCCAUUCACACGGCCCGAACAUGCGGCUACACUCGCACGCUACUGGGGCGGUAUCGUCGGCUUCCCGACGCCAUGCUGACUGAUGACAGCGUGGCAUCGAAGAAAUCUCGAGGUCACGCAGAGCGUGCUGCCAUCAACACUCCGAUCCAAGGUGCGGCUGCCGAUGUCGUGAUGCAAGCUAUGCUUCUUGUGCAUCAGAACCCGAGGCUGCGCCAACUUGGUUGGAAGAUGGUAUCUCAAAUCCAUGAUGAGAUCAUUGUGGAGGGACCCGAGGAGUCGGUAGAUGAGGCGAUGAAAAUUGUUGUGUAUUUGAUGGAGAACCCGUUCGAAAAGCCUCUAUCUGUAGACCUGCUGGUGGAUGCUAAGGUGGAUGAUUCCUGGUUUAAGGCCAAAUAG